UCUGUCUCCUGUUAUUUUCCCACACGUAGGGAAUAUUUCCUAUUAAUUAACUAUUUCCUUGUAACUUGCCUACAUAUUUCACAUGUAAAACAGAUUAUUGAAUAGAUAUUGUUAAUUUCUGUUCUUACUACAGUUAUACUUAUUUUAGGAUCGGAACUACCGGUAAUGUUGAAAUGUUUAAUAAUCUGGAUUCUUCUGUCAAGCUCAGGUGUCACCAAGGUAUUAGAUAAUCCUUAAGUAUCACUCUACUCGUUUACUUCAACAUCAAGACAUGUUUUCUAAGCAUAGUGAAGUUCCUACCAGCUUUGCCUCAACGUGGAAAACUGAACAGUUGUUGGAGACAGGCAGUACUCAGACAGACGACAUUGUUAAGAAAGAGGAAGAAUGCCAGGUUAUAGAGCAAGUAGAGGUUGGCAUUCAGACAGAGGAAGAAGAACCAAAAAACUAUCAGCGUUCAGAAUAUGAUGAGGCAUCCCUAUCAGCCUUCUUAAAGCGUGUCACUCCAAAAGUUAUUCGUGAAUUGGAGAGACAGAACAGAAGCCAAGCCUUUCACGGGUACUCUGUCGUAAAAGAGGAAGAGUCAUUAGGGGUCAAGAUGUUACACUCACUUCGCUGGAACCAGCUAGAUCCCGAGGGAGUUGUGACUGGCAUUGACUGGAGUUGUACGGGAUCAGUUAUUGGUGUGUCUUAUGGGUCCAGUUACCACGAUGACUGGUGUGACCACAAGGGGGCUGUUGCUGUCUGGAACAUAAACAGGAGUGACUUUGAUGCCAACCAACCUGAAAGAGUGAUAGAGGCAUCCUCAUGUGUCCUCUCACUGGCUUUUCAUCCAACCAAUCCAGCUGUCUUCGCUGCCGGAACAUUUAGUGGGGAAAUAUUGGUAUAUAACCUGUCACACACUGAGGACGUGACCCCACUAGCAACGGGAGAUUGUGGAGGUGGCAGCGUGACAUCACUCUCGUGGGUAGACAUAAGUGUUGGUGGAAUUAUGGCAUCUAGGACCCCUAACACAUUGAUUGCUACCACUAGUAGUGGUUUUGUACUUGUGUGGGGACUGAACCUUACCAAGCAGCAGCUGCCUCUCAAAUCUGGUUAUAUGCUUCAGGGUCAAGACAUUCCCCGAGGCAUCAGGACACACAUGGAUGGUUCAAGUGGUGUAGGGAUUUCUUCAGCUUCCUUUAACACUGAAGAUUCAAUGCUGUUUGUCUUAGGAGCCGAAGGUGGAGGAUUAUUUUUGUGUUCGACGUCUUCUGAGGUUCCAACUGGUGUUGAAUUUGGCGGUGUAGGACUGAUGCGAUGUGUGACAUCCACUCUCGCCUCUCAUUCAGGGCGGGUGAUAACUGCUCAGUUUUCACCUCACCAUAGAAAUGCUGUCCUCUCAGCUGCCUCUGACAAUCAAAUACGACUUUUUACCCUCCUUCAGCCCAACAAGCCAGUAAGUGUAAUACACAGCGAAGAAGCCAUAGCAUGUGUGCGGUGGUCACCCUCACGACCCCUGGUGGUGGCUGUGGGCCGUGUCACCGGUGAAGCUGCCUUGUACGACUUUGGUAAAAGCAGUGGUCAACCUUUCUUAAUCUUACCAGCUGCUGAAAAACCUUCCCCCAUAACAACUCUACAAUUUAAUAAGAAAAACAUGAAACUUGUAGCAGUUGGUGAUCAACUUGGCCGAGUGUGUGUCUGGCAUCUACCCAACAGUGCAGUGUCUCCUCUAUCAACUGAACUAUCCAAUCUUCAUACUAUUUUAGACACUCUGGCUGACUAGUUUCUGUG